UUGCAGUUUGCUAACUUUGAAACGUCAACAAUCCCAAACCAAAACAUUGAAUUGGGGAUAUAAUUAUUUAAAUAAUUGCUUGUGUAAAAAGCGAUUCGCACAAUUACAAGGAUAGUUAUAAUAAUUAUCUAAAAACGUUGUCGAAAACCGGCAGUGUAAAAGUAUAAUUGAAGUUUUGUGAGGUUAUGUUCGUUGGCCGAGUACGAAUGCGUGGCCGUGUCGUUCGAUGGCUGGCAGUUUGCUGAGAGCGAUGAGAUCGUCUAUAUCUAUGACACCUAAGGUUGUGUUCGUAUUGGGGGGCCCCGGUGCCGGUAAGGGCACUCAGUGCGCCCGUAUCGUGGAGAAUUUCGGUUACGUACACCUGUCCGCCGGUGAUCUGCUGCGGGAAGAGCGCGCGAAGCCCGGUUCCGAAUACGGCGAGUUGAUCGAAAGUUACAUUAAAGAUGGAAAGAUCGUUCCUGUGGAAAUUACCUGCAGUUUAUUGCAGAACGCAAUGAAAUUGAGUGGAAAGGACAAAUUUUUAAUUGACGGCUUUCCGAGGAACCAGAACAACUUGGACGGUUGGAACAAAAGUGUUGGGUCGUCUGUAGAGCUACAAUUUGUUCUUUUUUUCGAUUGCCCCCUGGAGAUAUGCACCCAGAGGUGCUUGCAGCGCGGUGCUGCCGGUAGCGGGAGGACAGACGAUAAUAUGGAGAGUUUAAUUAAGAGAUUCAAUACCUACCAGUCAGAAACCAAACCCAUUAUUGACCAUUACCAAAAUUUGAACCUGGUACGUAAAAUAGAUGCCACCAAGUCCACUGAUGAAGUGUUUGAGGAAGUCAAGAAGUUGUUUCAAGCUGGCAGUGGGGAUGCUUAAGUUCUGCAACAUUCCAGGAUAUUGAGUUACUUAGACUAGUCAAGUUAUAAUAUGAUUUGUAAAUUAUUAAUUUUGCUGAUGUAUUUUGUGGAAGUUUUAAAUAAAAGCCAGGAGAUUAUAA